GAUUCACUCUGCUGCCAUCGCGGAUACACCAACAGCUUCGCACUGGGAAGCGGCCGUUCAGCUGCUCCGGGUGUGUGAAGAGACUCAUUCAGUUAACCCACCUUGUGAUGCUCCGGUUAAAAAUGACAAGGAAUUCAUCUACAGAAAUCUCGAACAGAACACACCAGUUUUGCUGUGUCUAUCCAGAUAUUUAAGAAGUGGAGCAAGGGAUUCACUCGAUCAUCCUUCCUGCUCAGACAGUGGGAAUGGAUUCACUCGGUCAUCUCAACUGAAUGUACAUCAGCAAGUUCACACUGGACAAGGCCAUUCACCUGUUCUGUAUGUGAGCAGGGAUUCAGUCGGUCUUCCCACCUGUGGACACACCAGUCAGUUCACACUGGGCAGAGGCUGGUCAUCUGCUGAAUUUGUGGGGAAGGAUUCACUCGGUCAUCUGACCUAAUGGCUCACCAGCGAGUUCACACCGGGGAGCGGAUGUUCACCUGCUCAGACUGUGGGAAGGGAUUCACUCGGUCAUCCCACCUACAGAGACACCAGCAAGUUCACACUGGGGAGAGGCCGUUCACCUGCUCACACUGUGGGAAGGGAUUUGCUCGGUCAUCUCAUCUACAGAUACACCAGCGAUUUCACACUGGGGAGAGACCGUUCACCUGUUUAGUCUGUGGGAAGGGAUUCACUCAAUCGUCCGACCUUCAUAGACACCAACGAUUUCACACUGGGGAGAAGCCGUUCACCUGCUCACACUGUGGGAAGGGAUUUGCUCGGUCAUCUCAUCUGCAGAUACACCUGCGAUUUCACACUGGGGAGAGACCGUUCACCUGUUUAGUCUGUGGGAAGGGAUUCACUCAGUCAUCCGAACUUCAGAGACACCAGUCAGUUCACACUGGGGAGAGGCCGUACACCUGCUCAGACUGUGGGAAGGGAUUCACUCGGUCAUUUAAUCUACUGAGACACCAGCGAUCUCACACCGGGGAGAAGCUGUUCUCCUGCUCAGACUGUGGGAAGGGAUUCACUCGGUCAUCUGAACUACUGGCACACCAGCGAGUUCACAGUGAGGAGGAGCCGUUUACCUGCUCAGACUGUGGGAAAGGAUUCACUCAGUCAUCUGAACUACUGGCACACCAGUUAGAUCACACUGGGGAGAAGCCGUUUACCUGCUCAGACUGUGGGAAAGGAUUCACUCAGUCAUCUGAACUACUGGCACACCAGUUAGAUCACACUGGGGAGAAGCCGUUUACCUGCUCAGACUGUGGGAAGGGAUUCACUCGGUCAUCCCACCUACAGAGACACCAGUCAGUUCACACUGGGGAGAGGCCGUUCACCUGCUGUGACUGUGGGAAGGGAUUUGCUCGGUCAUCUCAUCUACAGAUACACCAGCGAUUUCACACUGGGGAGAGACCGUUCACCUGUUCAGUCUGUGGGAAGGGAUUCACUCAAUCGUCCGACCUUCAUAGACACCAGCGUUUUCACUCUGGGGAGAAGCUGUUCACCUGCCCAGACUGUGGGAAGGGAUUCACUCGGUCAUCUAAUCUACAAAUACAUCUGCGAUUUCACACAGGGGAGAGACCGUUCACCUGCUCAGUCUGUGGGAAGGGAUUCACUCAGUCAUCCGAACUUCAGAGACACCAGCAAUCUCACACUGGGGAGAAGCCGUUCACCUGCUCAGACUGUGGGAAGGGAUUCACUCGGUCAUUUAAUCUACUGAGACACCAGCGAUCUCACACCGGGGAGAAGCUGUUCACCUGCUCAGAAUGUGGGAAAGGAUUCACUCGGUCAUCUGAACGACUGGCACACCAGCGAGUUCACAGUGAGGAGAAGCCGUUUACCUGCUCAGACUGUGGGAAAGGAUUUACUCGGUCAUCCCACCUACAGAGUCACCAGCGAGUUCACACUGGAGAGAGGCCAUUCACCUGCUCAAACUGUGGGAAGGGAUUCACUUGGUCAUCCGAACUACUUACACACCAGCGAGUUCACACUGGGGAGAGGCCAUUCACCUGUUGUGAAUGUGGGAGGGGAUUUGCUCGGUCAUCUCAUCUACAGAUACACCAGCGAUUUCACACUGGGGAGAGACCGUUCACCUGUUCAGUCUGUGGGAAGGGAUUCACUCAAUCGUCUGACCUUCAGAGACACCAGCGAUCUCACACUGGGGAGAAGCCGUUCACCUGCUCAGACUGUGGGAAGGGAUUCACUCGGUCAUUUAAUCUACUGAGACACCAGUCAGUUCACACUGGGGAGCGGCCGUUCUCCUGCUCAGACUGUGGGAAGGGAUUCACUCAGUCAUCUGAACUACUGGCACACCAGCGAGUUCACAGUGACGAGAAGCCUUUCACCUGCUCAGACUGUGGGAAGAGAUUCACUCAAUCAUCCACCCUACAGAAACACCAGCAAGAUCACACUGGGGAGAAGCCGUUCACCUGCUCUGAGUGUGGAAAGGGAUUCACUCGGUCAUCUCAUCUACAGAGACACCAGCGAGUUCACUCUGGGUAGAGGCCAUUCACCU